CCGAGCACAACCUCUUCCCCUUGGAAUCAGUAUUUUCGAGGCUUCCUCCUUCCUUGGCGGAACGUGCUUAAGUCAGGCAGAGUACCUAGUGAAGGACUUCAGCCCCCACAGUUCCCUGUGCGCGCAUGCCCUCUCCUCUUACAGUUGUCAAAGUGCUUUUGCCAGAGCGGUCACAUAAUCAACCUGAAAGAAGAAAAUAAAUACUGUACACUUUUUAAUUUUAUCGAUCCUUAAAAACUGGACACUCAAAGCUGCGCAAACCAUGCAGGAUGAUUUACUGAUGGACAAAAGCAAAACCCAGCCCCAGCCCCAGCAGCAGCGGCAGCAGCAGCAGCAGCAGCCCCAGCCCGAACCCAGCGCAGCCGAAGCCCCGUCCACGCCCCUCUCCUCAGAGACCCCCAAGCCGGAGGACAGCGCAGUGCCGGCCCUCAGUCCCGCCGCGGCCCCGCCGGCCCCCAACGGUCCUGACAAGAUGCAGAUGGAAUCGCCGCUCCUGCCGGGCUUGAGUUUCCACCAGCCCCCUCAGCAGCCGCCGCCGCCGCAGGAGCCCGCGGCGCCGGGCGCGUCGCUGUCGCCGUCCUUCGGCAGCACCUGGUCCACGGGCACCACGAACGCGGUGGAGGACAGCUUCUUCCAGGGGAUCACCCCAGUCAACGGGACCAUGCUCUUCCAGAACUUCCCGCACCACGUCAACCCAGUCUUCGGAGGCACUUUCUCUCCGCAGAUCGGCCUGGCGCAGACCCAGCACCACCAGCAGCCGCCGCCGCCGGCGCCGCAGCCCGCGCAACCCGCGCAGCCCCCGCAGGCACAACCCCCGCAGCAGCGCCGCUCGCCCGCCAGCCCCAGCCAGGCGCCCUACACGCAGAGGAGUGCUGCCGCGGCGUACGGCCACCAGCCCAUCAUGACCAGCAAGCCGUCCUCGUCCUCGGCUGCAGUAGCCGCCGCGGCCGCAGCCGCCGCUUCGUCCGCCUCGUCCAGCUGGAACACGCACCAGAGUGUGAACGCCGCCUGGAGCGCGCCAUCCAACCCGUGGGGCGGCCUGCCGGCUGGCCGGGACCCUCGCCGGGCGGUCGGCGUGGGCGUGGGCGUGGGUGUCGGGGUGCCCUCACCGCUCAACCCCAUCUCGCCGCUCAAAAAGCCCUUCUCCAGCAAUGUGAUCGCGCCGCCCAAGUUCCCCCGCGCGGCCCCGCUCACCUCCAAGUCCUGGAUGGAGGAUAACGCUUUCCGGACGGAUAAUGGUAACAAUCUGUUGCCAUUUCAGGACCGGAGUAGGCCCUAUGACACUUUUAACUUGCACUCGUUGGAGAACUCCUUAAUGGAUAUGAUAAGGACUGAUCAUGAGCCUCUGAAAGGUAAACACUACCCUCCCAGUGGCCCACCAAUGAGUUUCGCUGAUAUAAUGUGGAGGAAUCAUUUUGCAGGACGCAUGGGAAUAAAUUUCCAUCAUCCAGGAACAGAUAAUAUUAUGGCACUUAACAGUCGGUCUUCUCUCUUUCCCUUUGAAGAUGCCUUCCUGGAUGACAGUCAUGGCGAUCAAUCCUUGUCAUCUGGCUUAAGUUCUCCCACUCGCUGUCAAAAUGGAGAACGAGUAGAACGUUACUCCAGAAAGGUGUUUGUUGGAGGCCUUCCUCCUGAUAUCGAUGAAGAUGAGAUCACUGCCAGCUUUCGCAGGUUUGGACCUCUCGUUGUAGACUGGCCUCACAAAGCUGAAAGCAAGUCGUAUUUUCCUCCUAAAGGCUAUGCCUUUCUGCUGUUCCAGGAGGAGAGCUCAGUGCAAGCGUUGAUAGAUGCCUGCCUGGAAGAAGAUGGGAAACUGUACCUGUGUGUGUCAAGCCCCACCAUCAAGGAUAAGCCAGUGCAAAUUCGACCAUGGAACCUAAGUGACAGUGACUUUGUAAUGGAUGGUUCUCAGCCUUUGGACCCCAGAAAAACUAUCUUUGUUGGGGGAGUUCCACGACCCCUUCGAGCUGUUGAAUUGGCAAUGAUCAUGGACCGUUUGUAUGGUGGUGUCUGCUAUGCUGGCAUCGAUACGGACCCAGAGCUGAAGUACCCCAAAGGUGCUGGCCGCGUGGCGUUCUCCAAUCAGCAGAGUUACAUUGCAGCCAUCAGCGCUCGCUUUGUGCAGCUCCAACACAAUGACAUUGACAAACGGGUGGAAGUGAAGCCAUAUGUGCUGGAUGAUCAGAUGUGUGACGAGUGCCAGGGCACGCGCUGUGGUGGGAAGUUUGCCCCGUUCUUCUGUGCCAACGUCACCUGUCUGCAGUAUUACUGCGAAUACUGCUGGGCGAGCAUACACUCCCGCGCCGGGCGGGAGUUCCACAAACCGCUGGUGAAGGAGGGAGGCGACCGCCCUCGGCACGUCCCGUUCCGCUGGAGCUGAGCCCAGGGCAGACCCAGCCACAAGUACUGGAGUAGAUAACAAGGAGGGAAAAGAGAGGGCACUGCCUCAGGGCUUACAGUGUUCUGGAAAUCUGUGCAUUCGUUCUCGAUUUUUAAAGAAGAAAUGGGUCUUUUUAUUAUUACUAUUAUUUACAGUCAUAUUACUGAACUCAGUGUCCAGUAUAAUGCAGAAUUGCAGAGUGUAUAACGGUACUGAUUUGCACUUUGAUUCACACCUUUGUCUGCUUGGUACCUUAAUUUCUCACCCCUGAUUUGUCACUCGUAGACUGCCAUUCUCAUCAGCGGCCAUCAGGUUGAUGUCUGUGAUUUUUUUUUUUUUUUUUUUGCUGUUGUACGUUGUUGUUGUUGUUGUUGUGUUGUUGUUGUUGUUGUUGUUGUUCCAAUUGUUUUUGAACUGGAGCAUGCACUUAUUUUCAGAAACUUAGAGAGUCGCCCCUAGGAGAAGACUUACCAAAGGCAAUACUCGUGAGUAGGUGGCAGAUGUAGCAAAAACUUCACAACAAUUCAGCAAUCAUUAGUUGGGGUCAUUUAGAGUAAGGGUAACCCUUCAUGAAAAUAGGCCUUUAGUUUUCUAUUUUGACAUGUAAGGAUACCUCAUAAGCUGAAUCUUUAUUUUUCCUUCAUGUUUGAUUUUGUUUUGCUGAGGAUUUUGGUUAGAUCUUUUAGUGUUAUGUAAAUUUAUGCUGCAAUAGCUUUUGCUGCUAUUAAGAUGGUAUUAUUAAUACCAUAAUACUCUCUUCAGGCUAAGGUAUCAAUUUAAAAAAACCCAACAACACACUUCUGUGAUUUAGGGAUAGAAUCAGCUGCCGAAAGGAGAUCAGAAUAGACUACAGAAAGCUUCAACGGAAGGUCACUAUUUCUGACUGCAUGUUUACUUAAUCAGGUUGCUGCAUGCAAUAAAUUUUAUAUCCAAUGUCUAGUAUAAAACCUUCCCACAAUGCACAAAUUAAGAAUCUAUAUAAGCUAUAAAAUACUGAUUUUUUUAAAAGUUUUUUUUCACUCAAAGAAUUGGUAAUUGACUGGAGGAAGGCAUGCCUCAAUAAAUGGAAUGCUUCUGAACUAGGAAGAGCCCAUAACAGAAUGACCUAUAUUACAACCAAUAUAAAACCUAGGUGUAGGAUAUCUUAAAGCAAAUUUGUGGACGGUAGAUGAAGUACUUUGCGGUGCUCUGUUAUAUAUUGUGCAAUUUAUUUUAUAUAGUAAAGUGAUUAUGUCUAACUGUGAUCAAACUUAACUGUUUAAAGCCUCUGUGUCAGACAUUAACGAACUUGACAGUUCAUAACUGGUAUAUUAUUAACUAACACAUGAGCUCUUAGUUACAACCUCCUAGUGCUUGCACCAUUUUACAUAGCUUCAGACCUUGUCCAGAAAACCAAAGAGCUCAUCUUAGCUUACAAACACUAGGAAUAUAUACAGUAUAUAGAGAUAAGUUGUCAGAUUGACAAGCUAGGCACAUUUUAAGAAAGUUGCGUGAUGGCGAUGCUAAAGAAAUGUCUAUCCACAAUAAGACGGCCUGGGCAGGGCUGGUUGUCUGGGUGAGAAAGUAACUACUUAAUUCCCUGGAUUUAUCCUGUAAAGCUUGAAUAGAACUAAGGCCUGCUAGUACUACCGUGGACAUUUUUUUAGCCUUCACUCUUGGGCUGCAGAUAGUAAUAUAUAAACACACACAAUGAUUGUGAGACUAUGUAAAAUCUUUUUUCUUUUUUCUUUUUUUUUUUUUUUUAAUCUUCUUCCUAUGUUUUGGAGUUCUGGGGACAAUCUGACUGGAUAUGACACUGCAGAAUAGAUUUAAGUCGCUGUGUUUUUAUGUGCUGUGAUGUCCUUGUCCUGUCUCUUAAGUUAAUAUGGCUUGUUUUUGUUUUGUUUUGUUUCUCCAGUGUUUAGUUGCAAUUACCAGCUUUCAAGCUAUAGUUUGUUUUCAAAAAGGAAAAACAAAAUAGUUUUUUACUGGAUUAAAAAUGCUUAUUAGAAUUCUCCCCUUUUGAAGUUACCUCUGGGCUUUUUGGUAAUAAUUGCUUUUUUCCAGCCCAGCUGUGGUUUUCUGUUUGUUUGUUUUGUUGUUUUUUUUUUUCUAUGUUUGUGGUUUUUUUUCAUCUGUACAAGAAAUUUUGUUAUGCACUACUACUUUUUGUAUUCUAGACAGUUUUCAAAAGUUGGCUGAAGAUUUUUUUGUUUGUUUGUUUUUAAGGAAAAAGGCAUGCUUUCUGACUGACAUGAUCUUUUGCAAUACCUCAAUUUUGAAAUAUAGGAAAGAAAAUGAUAUUUUCUAAGUAAGUUUAUUCAGAAAAAUAUAUAUUAAUUUAAUUCUGCAAGA